GAAACGAAACAAAUAUUUUCACGUCAUCAAUUUCAAAUAGAAGUUUUCGUCGCGAUAAUUUGAAUAAGCUCAAUUUAUCAAGAAUGCGUAUGAGGGAUUGUAGGAAUUGUAGCGAUAUUCAACGAAGUUUUAAGUUUAGUAUCUGAAUCAAGGUGUGCAUGCAGUGUUUAUUGUGUACGUUUAUUUAAAUUUCAUCAUAUCACAUGAAUCACAUAUAUAUGUUUUCUGAAAGUUUUAGCACAUGCUAAGAAUGGCGGCCAAAAAACUGUUAGAAAUAGAUGGAUCUGUGAUGGAAGGAGGAGGACAAAUGUUGAGAAUAUCUGUUUCUCUAUCCACGAUUUUGGAAACUCCGAUUAAAAUUCACAAAAUCAGAGCUGGGCGAGCAAGUCCUGGUCUUAAAGCUCAACACCUGACAGGUCUUUCUUUAGUUCGUGAAAUCUGUAAUGGCAAACUUGAGGGAGGAAGCUUUGGUUCUAAAGAGAUAGCAUUCUCUCCUGGACAGAUGAAUGGUGGAGAAUACGCAGCUGAUACACAGAAUGCUGGAGCUGUUUGUUUGCUUGCACAGAUUGCUCUACCUUGUGCUCUUUUUGCACCUUCUUCUAUAGUGUUAAACCUACGAGGUGGAACGAAUGCCGACAUGGCUCCUCAGAUUGACGAGUUUACAGAGGUUUUCCUCGCAAACCUUAGACAUUUCGGACCAAUAGUAGAAUACGAGGAAACUUAUCAAACAUGCCAUUGUUCAUAUGUUUACUUUAACAGGCAAAAUAUGUUAUAUUUUUUACAAUUAAUAAAAUUACAUAAAAAACUAAAUCUUGGUUGUACCAGUGUUAAGAAUCCAUUUUAUUUUAAUGCAGAUCCAGAUCCGGAGCCUGGAUCCGCAUUGGAAAAAGUAUGGAUCCGGAGUCGGACCCAGAUUGUUAGUGUGACCGGUUGGUGCUUUGUUGCUGGAUCUUUACCUUUGAAGGUUGCAGAUUCUAUUGUGAAGGCUUGUAAAGAGGAACUGCACGCUGCUAACUCUCCUGCUCUCAGAGGAGUAAAGAUAAAUAUAGAAGCUUAUAAAGAAUCAGCUUCAGCAUCCUGUGGAAAUGGUUCAGGGAUUGUUCUUGUUGCUAAAACGACAACCGGCUGUGUUUUAGGAGGAUCUGCUUUGGGUUCCCCUAAAGUAUCAACGGAGGAAACUGGUAGAAAAGCAGCCACAGAGUUCCUCGAGGCUGUCGAAUGCGGAGGCUGUGUCGACAAAUAUAUACAGGAUCAGAUGAUUAUCUUUAUGGCUCUGGCUGCUGGAGAUUCUGCUCUUUGUACUGGACCUCUCACCCUGCACACUGAGAGUGCUAUACAUAUAGCUGAACAACUAACCGGAGCAAAGUUUACAAUUAGUAAUGAUGCAAACAGUAACUCUUGGCUGAUCCGUUGUUCGGGAAUUGGAUUCAGAAAUAAGUACAUCUGAAAACACGUUGUUCAGUAAUUGGAUUCAGAAACAAGUACUUCUAAACAAAAUGUUCAGUUAUUGGAUUCAGAAAUAAUUACUUCUAAACACACUGUUCAUUUAUUGGAUUCAGAAAUAAGUACUUCUCAACACACUGUUCAGUAAUUGGAUUUAGAAACAAGUACUUCUAAAUAAAAUGUUCAGUUAUUGGAUUCAGAAAUAAGUACUUCUGAACACACUGUUCAGUAAUUUGAUUCAGAAAUCUGAUCACGUUGUUCAGGAAUUAUUACAUGUGAAAGAAUUGUUCAAGAAUAAGUUUUUUUAAACAUUGUUACGUAAGAUAUGUUCAGGGAAAAGAAUUUACUUGAGAUUGUUCCUUUAAACCUUUAUCCCAAUAAAUGAGGGUGGGGAUGAAUUUUUCUACUUUCUACUUAAAUAUGCAAUGACUGCCUUAAAGCCUUAACAAAUGUAAAAUAUGUAUGAAUUUACAAAAUUUUUAAUUAUAUGCGCAACUAUAGGUUCUUGAGGGGAAAGGGGGUGUGAUAUUUUACCCCUAGGUUGCGCCUAUUUUGUAGUCUGUGAUUAUUUCCUCUUCAACUUGAGGACUAGUUUAAUUUGUGAUCUCAAUAUUUACUCUAUUCUACCUACACUAAUGUGAACAUGUUAAAUGAUUGCGCUGUGAGAUAUUUUUUCAUAAUUUUGCUAAAAACUGUGUACUACGUUUACUUAACUCUAUUCGUUUUUUUUCUAAUGUAAUCGUUUUUCUUUGUUACGUUGAUACUAAUUUCAGA